UUUAAACAUGGCAGCACCCGGCGGGGUACUAGAUGAAGCCAGCAUUGAAUCAGGACAAGCCCUGUCCAAAUCGAUAUCUGAAGAUUUUAAAAGGCCCCAGUUUGGAACCCGUUUCUUGACAGACCCACGUCAGGUCUUUCAACAUAACGCAUGGGACAAUGUAGAGUGGACUGAAGAACAAGAGGCAGCUGCUAAGAAAAAGGUCCAGGAGCACAGUCAACCACUUCCUACUGAAAAACAAGAGGAAUAUGACUGCCGAGCAAAUGAGUAUUGGAAUGACUUCUACACCAUCCACGAGAAUCGUUUCUUCAAGGACCGCCACUGGCUGUUCACUGAGUUUCCUGAGUUGGCACCGCAAUGUCAGCUGAACCAUGACACUAGCCCAGAGGACUCUGGGAUUGGAGAUGGUUGCCAAGGUGAUCUGGACCAAGGACAAUCCAGGGAAGGCACACCUCAGCUCCCCACAGAUGUUGACUUUCCUGGCUGCACUGCCACAUAUCGCAUCCUGGAGGUUGGCUGUGGUGUGGGCAACACAGUCUUUCCUAUACUGAAGACAAACAAUGACCCAGGGCUAUUUGUCUACUGUUGUGAUUUCUCCAGCACCGCUGUGGAUCUGGUCAAGACAAAUUCCGAGUAUGACCCUGGACGUUGCUUUGCCUUUGUACACGACCUGAGUGACGAUGCAGCUGUCAACCCCGUUCCCGAUGAAAGCCUUGAUGUAAUAGUACUCAUCUUUGUGCUCUCUGCCUUACAUCCUGACAGGAUGCAGGCGUCCAUCAGCAGGCUGGCUAGGUUGUUGAAGCCUGGGGGAGUGCUGCUACUGAGGGACUAUGGGCGUUAUGACAUGGCUCAGCUACGCUUUAAGAAAGGAAGAUGUUUGUCAGAUAAUUUCUAUGUUCGAGGAGAUGGAACAAGAGUCUAUUUCUUCACUCAAGAUGAACUCCAUGAAAUGUUCAAUCUGGCAGGGCUGGAGAAAGUUCAGAACCUGGUAGAUCGGCGACUGCAGGUCAACAGAGGCAAACAGCUGACGAUGUAUCGUGUCUGGAUCCAGUGCAAGUACCGCAAGGCUCCCACCGAGCCACCUGAGACUGAGGACGAAGCCAGCGGGGCAAAGAAGACUUAAGCGGCAGAAGGUUAUCUCUGAUACCUAAUAAGAACAUGGUGUAUCCCAAGACGGAACGCAUGGUUGUGGAAUACCUGCAGUGCGACACCAUGGGAGACAUUUAUCGGUGGUAAUGGGCAUAGGACUGAUGUGUUGGUAGUGAGAAUAUGCUUCACUAAUGGGUUUUGGGCUUCCUCUGGGGUCCCUUAAAAUUAUACCCAGAGCAGACACAGCACAACGAAAGCUGAUGAACUACUUGAGUCUGAAUGAAGAAAUACACGUUUACAAUGGACGGACAAUUGUUUGUCAAAAUCCAUUGUUUUGAAUGAAUUGUUCUGUAUGGUUUUCAUAAGACCUCUUUCACCUUCAUACCUUCAAAAUUAUUAAAACAAGUAGCAACUUUAA